UCGUCAGUACCCAUAGGCAGUAGCGGUAGCGGUCACGCGGGGUCUAUCUAUGUCUGUACCUGUCAUAAUUCUGCACACUUGUGUACCGUUCUACACAGUCGAAGUUUACAGCGCACUUUCUCCAAGUGAACUUAGCUGAAGAGCGCAGUGCGAGUGAUGGGAUGAUUGGGAAUUUUUGAAACUUGCGCUGACGACGGAAGCCGCGCAGCGACAGACUUGCCCACUCAAAGAUGGCGGACUACAACAAGGAGCUGGGAGAGGAGAUUUACGACAAAGUGGUGGAUCUGACCCAAUACGCCAAGCAGCAGCGAUGGUGGAGCCGAGUUUUCGGUAAAAACUCCGGGCCUGUAGCAGAGAAGUACUCCGUGGCCUCGCAGAUCGCCAUCGGCGGAGUGAGCGGAUGGUGUGCAGGGUAUCUAUUCCAGAAGGUUGGAAAGGUUGCGGCUACAGCUGUAGGUGGAGGCCUUCUGCUGCUGCAAAUAGCCAACAACAGUGGUUACAUCCAGGUGGACUGGAAGAGGGUAGAGAAGGACGUCAACAAAGCUAAGAAGCAGAUACAGAAGGGAACCAACCAGGCUGCUCCAGAGUUAAACACCUUUGUUGAAAAGUCCAAAGCAUUUGUGAAGAAGAACGUGGUCGUUACCAGUGGUUUCAUUGGAGGGUUCCUGCUGGGCAUGGCAUCCUAGGACAAGUCUGGGCCUCAGACAUCUGAAGAUCCUGUCUGAGAGUAGCAGCCGCUCAUUACCACUUAAUAUGCUGCAGCUAAUUUUAACACUGUAAUAAAAUUAGUGUUAUUUCCCCAAAACGCUUGACUACAAACCUGCUUUAAAAAGCACACAGAGGUCAAAAUAAUAUUGCUGUUUCAUUUAUUUAGGUGAACAAUGACAUGCACUCCUAUUCUGCUGCAUUUGGUCAGAACAUUGAAAUUCAACUUGACAUGCCAUAAGAAUCCAUCAAUGACAGGUGUAGUUUACUUCUGUCAAACAGUGUAGGUUUAGAAACUGGUAGGGACUGUAUUGGACAUAUCUGUGUCCCCUGCCUCUUAUUUUAAUGUAUUUUGUUACGGAACAAAUUGAUGCUCGACUGUCGCUAAAUGCUUGCUUUGUAUGAGGAUUGCUGUAAAGUCACUGACUAGUGUCAAUUUGCUGGGUUCCUUAUAUAGGAAACCUUUUUUCUGAUUGGCUUAAUGAACUGACCUGGAUUGGAAUGUUUACUAUGUGAAGUGCCAUGAAUUGACUCUUGUCGUGAUUUGGCGCUAUACAAAUAAAAUUGAAUUAAAUUGCUGAAGAUUCUGGAAGGCUAUGGUUCUCACUCUGUUAGUAAAUAAAAGUGAAGGAAUAAG